UUCAUAAUUAUCUAGCAUUAUCUAAUUCAUUUAUAUUUAAUAUGUUUAAGUAAACUUUCUCUACAUAUUUGGAGGGAGCCCCGCAUCAACCAGCCGCCACUGAAAAUAACAGACUUGAUGUGCAAAGACCUUCACUUUACACCAAACUUGAUGAAAAAACAUGAAUAUUACUGAAUAUCACUGUUAUGUUGACUGUUCAUGUUCUAACUGAACUGUUAAAGGUCCACUUACUCUGUAUGUCCAAAGCUUUCAGUCACAUCUCAUGGUCUUCCUCAGUGAUGGAGGGUCUCAGUUGUCAUGGAGAUGGUUUAAGUUUGAAUGGUUUCAGUAAAGUAGUUAAUAAAUCAACAGAUGAUAAACUGCAGCUGUAUUGUGUCUCGUUCUCUCCAUCAGAUGCCUGUGAACUGGAACUGGAUCCAAACACAAUGAACAGAAAACUCAAACUGUCUGAUAACAACAGGAAGGUGACAUAUGUGAUGGAGGAGGUUCAGUCAUAUCCUGAUCAUCCAGACAGAUUUGACUCCUGGCCUCAGCUGCUGUGUAGAAAUGUUCUGACUGGUCGAUGUUACUGGGAGGUCGAGUGGAGAGGAAGAGUUAAUAUAUCAGUGAGUUACAGAAGAAUCAGAAGGAAAGGAGACAGUGAUGACUGUUGGUUUGGAAGGAAUGAUCAGUCCUGGAGACUGGAGUGCUCUGCUGGUCGUUACUCUGUCUGUCACAAUAAGAGAAGAACACCCAUCUCCUCCUCCUCCUCCUCCUCCACCUCCUCCCCCCCCUCCUCCUCCUCCUCCUCCUCCUCCUCCUCUAACAGAGUAGCAGUGUAUGUGGACUGUCCUGCUGGCACUCUGUCCUUCUACAGAGUCUCCUCUGACUCACUGAUCCACCUCCACACCUUCAACACCACAUUCACUGAUCCUCUGUAUGCUGGGUUUACAGUCUGCUCUGGAGCAGAGAGGAGCAGAGAGGAGCAGAGAGGAGCAAAGAGGAGUAAAGAGGAGCAGAGAGGAGCAGAGAGGAGCAGUGAGGAGCAGAGAGGAGCAGUGAGGAGCAGAGAGGAGCAGCAUCAUCACACUGACCCUUAAUGAGACACAGAUGGUUAAACAGAGCUGCAGUACCUCUUCACACCAGCAGGGUGGGUUUGGAUAUAAUGAUCAGUCCUGGAGUCUGAGCUGCUCUGAUGAUGAUGGUUACUCUGCACUGUGAAGCAGAUCUGUGUCUCAGACUCAAACACUCAGUUAUUUUUCCUUCUACAUGAUUCAUUGAUUAGUCUCAGUUGACUCUGCUGUUGUUACUGUCAGGAUCCAAUGAGCAGCAUGCAGCUCUAUUCAUGUUUAAUCUAAUAAUAUCUGUCCAGCUGUGGAAGCCCACAGUGUUUUUGUGCUUGUAUUUUAUCUGAUGAUCAAUAAAAACUAUUCAUGGUG